AUGUCCGACACCAGGCGGAGGGUGAAGGUCUACACUCUGAACGAGGACCGACAAUGGGACGACCGGGGCACCGGGCACGUCUCCUCCACAUACGUGGACAGGCUGAAGGGGAUGUCUCUGCUGGUCCGGGCUGAGGCUGACGGUUCGUUGCUUUUAGAAUCAAAGAUAAAUCCAAAUACUGCAUAUCAGAAACAGCAGGAUACGCUGAUUGUUUGGUCUGAAGCAGAAAAUUAUGAUUUGGCUCUCAGUUUUCAAGAAAAGGCUGGUUGUGAUGAAAUCUGGGAAAAGAUAUGUCAGGUUCAGGGGAAAGACCCUUCUGUGGAAGUCACACAAGACCCCAUUGAUGAGUCCGAAGAGGAACGCUUUGAGGAGAUGCCUGAAACUAGCAACUUGAUUGAUCUUCCCAAUUGUGAACUUGGUAAACUUGAAGAGAUUGCUGACCUUGUUACCUCAGUCCUGUCAUCACCUAUCCGUAGGGAAAAGCUAGCACUAGCCUUGGAGAACGAGGGCUACAUUAAAAAGUUGUUGCAACUUUUCCAAACCUGUGAAAACUUGGAUAACACAGAAGGAUUGCACCAUUUAUAUGAGAUUAUUCGAGGAAUAUUAUUUCUCAAUAAAGCGACUCUGUUUGAGGUGAUGUUUUCGGACGAGUGCAUAAUGGAUGUUGUGGGGUGCCUGGAGUAUGACCCAGCCUUGGCUCAGCCAAAAAGACACAGGGAGUUUUUGACUAAAACUGCGAAGUUUAAAGAAGUAAUCCCCAUAACAGACUCUGAACUUAGGCAAAAGAUUCACCAAACGUACAGGGUACAGUACAUUCAAGAUGUCAUUUUGCCCACGCCAUCUGUAUUUGAAGACAAUUUUCUGUCUACACUUACGUCUUUCAUUUUCUUUAACAAAGUGGAGAUUGUCAGCAUGUUGCAGGAAGAUGAAAAGUUUUUGUCAGAAGUCUUUGCACAGUUGACUGACGAAGCUACCGAUGAUGACAAGCGGCGUGAGUUGGUCAACUUCUUCAAAGAGUUCUGUGCAUUUUCACAGACAUUGCAGCCUCAAAAUAGAGAUGCUUUCUUCAAAACAUUGGCAAACCUAGGAAUACUUCCAGCUUUAGAAAUUGUCAUGGGUAUGGACGAUUUACAGGUUAGAGCGGCCGCUACAGAUAUAUUUUCAUAUCUGGUAGAAUUUAGUCCUUCCAUGGUUCGGGAGUUUGUAAUGCAAGAAGCUCAGCAGAGUGACGAUGACAUUCUUUUAAUUAACGUUGUAAUUGAACAAAUGAUUUGUGAUACGGACCCAGAGCUUGGAGGAGCUGUGCAAUUGAUGGGACUUCUACGGACCUUGAUAGAUCCAGAAAACAUGUUAGCGACAGCUAAUAAAACUGAGAAGAGUGAGUUCCUAAAUUUCUUCUACAACCAUUGUAUGCAAGUCCUCACUGCACCCCUCCUGGCAAAUACAUCGGAGGAUAAGCCAGACAAGGGAGAUACUGCUGUCACGUCGAAGGGCAGCACGAUUUGUCCAGAUAACUAUCAGACAGCCCAGCUGCUUGCAUUAAUUUUGGAGUUACUGACCUUUUUUGUGUAGAGCACCAUACUUAUCACAUCAAAAACUACAUCAUGAACAAGGAUCUGCUCAGAAGAGUGUUAAUACUGAUGAACUCUAAACAUACGUUUUUAGCUCUUUGCGCCUUACGUUUCAUGAGGCGAAUAAUUGGAUUGAAAGAUGAAUUCUACAACCGCUACAUCAUAAAGGGAAACCUUUUUGAGCCAGUUAUUAAUGCACUUCUUGACAAUGGUACUAGAUAUAACCUGUUGAAUUCUGCUAUAAUAGAACUAUUCGAAUUUAUCAGAGUGGAAGAUAUAAAGUCUCUGACUGCACAUAUAGUGGAAAAUUUUUACAAGGCACUCGAGCCUAUUGAAUAUGUUCAAACCUUCAAGGGGCUGAAAACAAAAUAUGAGCAAGAGAAAGAUAGACAAAGUCAGAAACUAAACAGUGUACCAUCUAUAUUGCGCAGCAACAGAUUUCGUAGGGAUGCCAGAGCACUGGACGAAGAUGAAGAGUUAUGGUUCAAUGAAGACGAGGAUGAAGAAGGUGAAGCUGUUGUACCGCCUGUUGAGAAGUCUAAAGCAGAGGAUGAUUUUCCUGACAGUUAUGAGAAAUUCAUGGAAACAAAAAAAGCUAAGGAAAGUGAAGACAAGGAAAAUCUUCUAAAAAGGACUUCAGUGGGAGGUUUCAAGUUCACUUUUUCUCACUCGGGCAGUUCAGCUAAUGGAGCAAAUACUGCGAAUAGUAAAUCGGUGGCAGCUCAGACACCAGCAGCAGGGUCUAACGGCUCAUCUUCCAAAAACAUCAGCUUAACUACCACCGUAGCAUCUGCUAAGGUAAGACUUCAUAUAUUUGCAUGCUCAUCACAUGCUUUGGAGUGUUCCAUGUUACUAGGUAUUCUAUUGCCAUUCCCAACCUUUAUGCAUUUUCAAAGAGUCAGUUCACCCAAAAAACUGUUUCUAUUUUUUUUUUUUCUUGUUGUAUGAAGGAAAUUCAGAUACAAUCUGGUUAUACUGCCACCUACAAAAGAAUUGGAAUCUAG